AUGAAUCAGGAAUAUGCAAAAACAAGAGAAUUACUUAACAAAUUUCUAGAAAAAAAUAUAGAACAAACCUUAGAAUCAGAUUCUUUUUUUAAUGAAAUUCGCACAGAACUACCUGAUUUCACGCCGAAUUUUCUAUUCUACACAAGGGUAGAACGUUCUUACCAAAAUUUGUAUGUGGCUAAUCCUCAAUUUCUCCUUGGAGGACUUGUAGGCUUGCCUUCAUGGUUUAAUGGCCUCAGAACACUUCUUCAUGGGCUGGCUGAUAUUGAUGAUGCUCUCAGCGAUAUUGAUGAGUCCAAGAGUCUUAGUCUUGAUUGCUUUAGCUUACACUUUUUUAAAGAAGCUUGGGAUAUUAUAAAGGAGGAUGUUUAUACGGCUAUUUUGCAUUUCUUUAAUGAUGGUGCUAUGUAUUCUCCUAUAAACAUUACUUCUAUCACUCUUGUUCCGAAGAUUUCUAAUGCCUCAAAGCUAAAGAAUUUUCGGCCAAUCUCUUGUUGCUAUUCAGGCUUUAUUCCUGGUAGGCAAAUCUGUGACAACAUUUUGCUUGCUACUGAUCUUAUUCAAGGUUAUAAAGUAGAUAUGGCGAACGCGUAUGAUUUUGUUGAGUGGUCUUUUCUUAAGUGUGUUAUGCAGCAGAUGAUUUUUCCUUCUCCAUUUAUCAAUUGGGUGAUGAGUUGUAUGUUUGAAGAGGAAGAAAGGCGAUAUCAUUUCCAUCCUAAGUGUAAGUGCUCAGAGGUCAUGGAACUUUUAUUUGCUGAUGAUCUUCUUGUUUUUCUUAAAGCUAAUCUUCCUUCUAUGCAUGCCUUGAAUCUUGUUCUAUAUGAUUUUUCUAUGGUUUUUGGUCUUUCUAUUAAUAAACGCAAGAGUGCUCUCUAUGUUGCUGGUGUAGAUGACGCUAUGAGUUUUAGGCUUGUUCAAGCUAGUCAAGUUCCUAAGGGUGUUCUUCCUUAUAGGUAUCUUAGGGUCCCUUUAUCUGCAAAAAGGCUUGGUAUUCAGGAUUGCUUAGUAUUGGUGGAGAAAAUUACGAGUAGAAUUAAUCACUAG